GAUAGGUUUCACGAACUGUGACCCCGAGUUCAUCCUCCCCCAACACAGUAAACUUCAACCACACGACCAAGCAGCAACAGAUGUUAUCGACUUUCGUGUCAAGGGCAACUGCAUUUUGGAAGAUAACUGUUCGAAUCUUCAUCGCUUACAAUGGACCCGAAAACCUAUAUCAACACUACCAGCCAAGGAUAUCGUUGUCUUUGAGGACGUCAGUUGGAUAGUAGAUCGUAAAGUUCAAGGUUUCUAUAUUUUACAACAUUCAUGUUUUGUCAACAAUAUGUUGUUGGAAUGGGAGUUUUUUGACAAUGAUGAUCGUGUAUUCAGAUGUCAGAUGAAGAUACAGAAGGAAGAUGUUGGAACCGAACCUGCAGUGUCUCUUAGUAAGAUAGGCUCUAGAAAUUUUGCAGCAGCUGAUAUCUUGUUUAAGCUCUACGAAACACAACCAGUCAUAGAGGUUUCUGCUUACACUAAACCUGAUCAAGCGAUAGAAUAUGUCAGUUUUGAUACGUUGCUUAAAGAAGCGGAGGUGUUGAAGAAAGCUGCCGAGGAUGCAGGAGAAAACGUUACAGCUACUACAGCUGAGGGAACUGAUUCAGAAACUGAGACCAGUGACACAGAUGUUGAAAUGAAGGAAGAAGUAACAGAUUCACAGGCUAAGAAGAAAUAUCCUAGAAAACCACAUUACCGUCAUGCUGAUAGAUUUAUUUUAAAAGCUGCCCAGGCACGACUAGACGAAUUCAUAAAAGUUAAAAUGCUAAAAGAUCUACUGUUUGGACCUGCUUUCCCUCAUCAUAUCACACGCCAGAUUAACGGCUUACUGUAUAACCUCCCCGUUCCAGUUCGCUUUAUAAAUCAUUCCACUAGAAAUCAGAUGUACACCAUUGUAACGCAAAGUAUGUCACCGAUCAAAAUUGUCGCAUUUCUCAAAGCCAACGGUGGACAGUCUGGUCGCUUUCGUUUAGUCGACAAAUCAGAACUUCCGACAUAUAAGGACAUUUUACCAGAACUUAAAAGUAGGGAAAUUUUAACUAAGAUCAAAUCCAAAUUUUAGUAGAAAUUUCAAUUU